CGCUCCUGGCAUACAUCCCAAGCACAGCACAACCGAGCUGAACAGCGUCCUGAAGCGGGGUUUCAUUAAGAAAAGCGGCGCACACUGCAGAUAACACAUCUAACUGCAAUGUUCCACCUGCCGCAGGAUGUUGUCUCUAGAUCUGGAAACUGAUACUACUGCGGAGGACACGGCGCCGAGCAGCCCGGAUGGUGGCGCGGAGACACCGGCCAGUCUCGAUGUGCUGGAAGAGCAAUGGCCAAUAAAGCAGUCCCUGAGUGCCUCUAUGUGCCGCGAUACGCACUGGCGUUGCCUCCUCCUGUCAUUGCUCAUGUACAGCUGCCUGGGAGCGGUGGCCUGGUGUCAGCUCACACAGGUGACCAAGCUGAGUUUCGAUUCCUCCAGCACGUCCCUUACGGCCUCAAUGAACUCUCUCAGAGGAGGAGGUCGCUCCAUGAUAUACCACGACAGCCCUUGCUCUGAUGGGUAUGUCUAUAUCCCGCUGGCCUUCCUGCUCAUGCUCUAUGCCGUAUACCUUAUGGAAUGCUGGCACUGUCGAGCCCGCAGUGAGUUACAAUGUAAGGCCAAUGUGGAGAGUGUGUAUGAAAGAGUUUUGCGUAUGCGUCAAGCCCGACCUUGCGUAUGGUGGAAAGCCAUCAGUUACCAUUUCGUACGUAGGACUCGACAAGUAACGCGUUACCGGAAUGGAGAUGCCUACACAACCACGCAGGUUUAUCAUGAGCGUGUAAACACACACGUGGCAGAAGGUGAGUUCGACUAUAGCCGGUGUGGAAUGAGAGAUGUUUCACGCAACUUACGUGGACUGGAAGGUCACGCGGCGACGCGGUUGCAUUUCUCCAAGUGCUUCAGCUUCGCGGGAGCAGGACCUGAAAAUGCAUACCUCAAUCAGCGUGCCAGGUUCUUCUCAGAAAUUGAGGGCCUUGAUGACUACAUGGAAGCCCGUGAAGGGAUGCUUUUGAAGAAUGUCGACUUUAAAGAGCACCUCAUAGCUUAUGUGGAUCCUGACCAGCUGCCGUGGUACACCUCACGGGUCACCUUCUGGAUGGCGGCUCUCCUCAUGCUCUCCUGGCCACUGCGAGUACUGAUUGAGUACCGGACGGCAUUUGUGCACUACCAAGUUGAGAAACUCUUCGGAUUGGAGUAUACAAACAACAGCCCAUCUCCAGAGGGCGAUGACACUGCGAGGAACAAUCGAUAUGGCCUUCCAAGAGCAGAAACGGUGGACAGUACUGAGCUGGAAUGGCACAUCCGCUCAAACCGCCAGCUUAUUCCAAGCUACUCAGAGGCCAUGCUGAUGAACCUGGGGGCUUCUGGGUCAAACCACAGAGACAGUAUCUCCUCCAACCGCUUGCUGUUGGACAGUUGCUCAACGCAGAGUUACGGGACGCUGGUGCAGAACUGUGAGCACUGUUGCCAACAAGAAGGAGGGCAAAGGCGGCCAACAAUCAGCUCCAGUUGUUCCUCCAUCUUCUCUCGGCACACCUUCCACUCUCGUUUGUCUUUGGACACCUCACACUUCUCUCUCUGCCGCAUGUACGGCUCUAGACGCACUGUGGGACUAUGGAGGAGCCGCAGUAGUACCCUAACAGAGCGAUGCUGCCCUGACGAACAGUGCUGUAGGUCUUACACCAGUCAGCUGGCUCUCAAUGACAGCCCACCAAACUAUCAGGACGCUCGAUUCUUCCCGGUCCUCAUAGUACACCGGUCUGAGGGCUGUGGGGAGUCCUCUGAGGUCAGGAGGUAUUAUGUUCGCAGAGGCUCCUGUUGUGUGGAGACUUCAGUUUAAAGAGGUGCUUCACCAAAAGAUUUUAAUUUGCUGCUAAUUUACUCACAACCAGACCUUUCACAGU